CUGCCCUCUGUGUCUUCAGGUGACUAUGAGCGCCACAGAGACGAAGGCACCGAGGCCACCCUGAAGGUCAUCAAGGCCUUCAAACACCCGAACUACAACCGCAGGACGGUGGACAACGACAUCGCCCUGCUGCGUCUGGAGACCCCCGCCCCGUUCUCCAAUUACAUUGUCCCUGCUUGCCUGCCGGGACGCGAGAUGGCCGAGCGGGUGCUGCACCUCAACAACACCCUCACAGUGGUGACCGGCUGGGGAAAAGAUGACGUCGGCCACUUUAGCUCAGCACUCAACGUCAUCAAGGUGCCGCUGGUCAGCCCCAGCAUCUGCCGCCAGCAUAUGUCCUACAAUAUCUCCGAAAAUGUCCUCU